AUGUCUGGUUUUGAUCAAGCAGGACUGCCGGGACCAGAGUUUAUCACCCAAGGACUAACUACUGCACAAGAUUUCGAAACUGUCAACUUCAUAGAGAACUUUCAACAGGAAAACAGUAUCAUGCUGCCUUCUCUGCAACCUGCUUUACCCUUUUUAGACCUCCAUGACGUCCGCAGGUUACAGUUCAAUAGUUUUGUGAUGGAAAACUUGCGUGAAAAACUGCUUGAUCAAGUGAAGGUUUUGGAAGUGGACAAACUAAAGAGUUUGCUCGAUCAGUGCUUUCCGUUUAUCCACGUGGCUCAUCUCCGGCCAGUCGUGAUGGAAGUCAUGAAAUAUCUCCCAAAAGUCCCUGAAGAAUGCCUUGAACAACUGGCAAAUGAUACUCAGUUGUAUCAAGAUUGCUCAAUUGAGGUGAAAAGGCAGAUCUGGAUCAAGCAUCAUGCACUGUUUGGGGAUGCGGUCGGUCCCCUUUUGAACCAAUAUGUAGAGGAAAAGUACAAUGUUCUUCACUCCACAGAACCUUUAAAUUCGCACACAUUUUUUUCAGUUCCAUCCAAAACAAGGCGACAGAAUCCAGUUGUACAAAACUUAGCUAAGAUGAUAGGAAAAUCUCUUGAACUGUAUAAUCUAGUGCUACAAUUCCUGAGAACGUUGUUUUUAAGAACCAAAGAGGUUCAUUACUGCACUCUUAGGUCAGAGUUACUGAUGGCAGUGCAUGAUCUUGAAAUUAAAGACAUAAAGGACAUUGAUCCAUGCCAUAAAUUUACUUGGUGUCUUGAUGCCUGUAUUCGAGAAAAAGUGAUAGAAGGAAAAAGGACAAAGGAAUUACAAGGAUUCUUGGAUCAUGCAAAGCAUAGUGAAGAACAGGUUCUUGGGUAAGGAGCUGUGUAUAUUAUAAUUAGAAUAUGAAAUUAGAACAUUUCUUAACCCAACAUCAAUACCUACAUUCUUUACUAUCUUCUCUAUACACUUCCUUUGGUACUGACUAGGAGUAUUUUUCCAUUAUCAAGUCUCUUAGGGAUCAUAUCUGUUAUUCUCUUGUUCUUAAUGAAUGGUUCAGUGGUAGUACUGUAGUGAGAAAUUAGAUACUGGUCACGCCAAUAGGUUUAUGGUUGACAACUGUUUUAAUGUCAUCUCUACCUAACCCAUUAACUCGUAGGAGUAGUAAACACACGGCUUCUCUUUAUGAUAUGAAAUUUGUUUUGCUGAUAAUCUUAGUAUGUGGAAAUGUGUAGUGGCUGAAAGGUUAAGUUGCAAACUAAAUUGUAGGAGUGUUAAGGUUGAUUAUCCUACAUAAGGAAACUUUUCAGCACUUUAACUUUCAGGUUUGAUAUGUGUCUUUAUCUCCCAGGUCUUGAAAUAAUUUGCCAGCUGGCUCUGGUCACAACCCAUAUUUGUCCAGGCAAAUAUCAAUUAUGUCAUAUCUCAAUAACUCCCCCACCUCCCUCAUCUAAAAAGUAUAUUUAACUUGCUUUCAUUGUACAUGCAGCCUUAAAACUCAAUGCGGACAAAAUGAUAGAGCUAUAUAUAAAACUUGACCUUAGCUUGUAUCUGAAUUUUCCAUUAUAUGAUUUAAAAAUUGGACAAAAGGUCAGGCCAUCCAGGGAAUCGACCAGGCUAAACCUUGUUUUUGACUGGACUUUGAUCAUAGAGCUACUGUUAUUUCAAGUCCUGUCUCCUGUUAGACAGAUUGAUAAUACUUUCUUUUUAGGCAAAUUUACUAGUGAUAUGGGAAGGAUAGGAAAUUUUUAAGGUAGAGAGGCAAUAUUCCUCAGAAAACUGGGGGAAGCUGUGGCAGCCCGUAGACGUUAAGCUUGUGUUGUAUUCUUUUUUUCCAACUGAGACAACAGAGUAAGUCACCCUCGGGUUUUCCAGUAUUUUAGGGCUCAGAGCUAAUUGAAAAAAAAUUUUUUCCUCACAGAGAUAUUGCAAUGAUCCUUUGUGACCCAUUUGCUAUCAACACUGUUGCCAAGAGUGUAAUCAAGCGUUUGCAAAGACUUGUUAACACGGAAUCUCUGCCUAAAGUAAGUUGUUUCAUUUAAAUUCUUGAUUUUGCAUUUUGAAUUGUAAAGCACUUCUAUUUGCAGUUCACAUGCAGACAUUUAACCUCCACCCAUUCUCCAUCUGUUAUAUGACAAAUAGGGUGUAAAAAUUUAUGCACCUAAGUAAUGUAUUUUAUUUGUGGUUUUUAAUUAUAAUAUCAUGUUUGAGUGGUCAGAUACUCUCAUAAAUUGAAGAGAAUGUCAAACUUGGACUGGAAACACCAAAGAGAUAAGAACACUGUAUACAUACUUGUGUAUUACAGCCAACAUUUUCCAUUUAAAAAAAACAAACAGUAAUAUGGUUCCUUAAUUAAACUGACAGGUAACUGUUUUCAGCAGACAAUCCUUGUCCUAUUGGUUUGAAAUGGUAUUUAAAUAUCCCUUUGAUAAUGAUGAGAAAAGCCAUUGCCAUUAAUACUUUACGCUUACAACUCAUAGCAGUCUACCACAUAUUUCAGACAUGUCAAGAUGUGAGUUUUCUUUUACGAGUCUUGAACCUUGGAGUUAGUGCCUGGGAGAUGAUCAGUAAUCAACAUUUUACUGAGGUGGCCUUGGUAAGCUUUUGUGAUACCUUUUUUUGUUUCAUGUUCUCCCAGUCAAGUGGGAACCUCCAUGGCCUAGCACUGGUAUUAUUCAAUUAUGCACCAAUCAAUUAAAAGCCUCAACAUCCCCCUCCCUUGGGCAAUCUAUGGGCAUAUGACCAUCAUCUUUGCCCAGGUGUGGGGAAUUUGAACCUUGCCUGGCUGGGUUAGGGAAUUUGAACUGGAAGUGUCAAGUCUUUGCAGCAGGAUAUUAGUGUUGUAUCUCUAAAAAUUGAGGUUUUUAAGGAAAAUAGUUCACUUAAGCAAGUGAAUGGUUGGGAAGAAAAGGUGUACCAGAUCUAGGUAUUAAAGUGUGGUCAAUGUGUAGAACCUACCUGUCACUGAUUUUGCCUUUUACCAAAAAAUUGGGUGACACAUUUGAACACAAUGUUUGCCCCAAGGGGUGGGAUUUUGAUCAAAUGAAUCUUCAAAAGUGCAAAUGCCAGGGAAGUUCCCUGUUGGGUGGGGUGUUGAAGCUUCAAAUUGAUCAACACAUUCUUAUCUUUGAAUUGAUAAACUGUUAAAAAAAUUCUGAUCGGGAUUGAAUAUGUCAAAGAAAUUCUUUAUGCUUCCAUAAUGUAAAAUGUGGAAUUUUCCAUAAUAAUUUUUAUUAUGGGAUAAAUUUCAGAGUGGAGAGUUGAUUCACAAGUUUCUUCCAAUACUUAUGUCCCUGAUGGUGGAUAGCAGCCUCCACUCUUUACACAACAAACACCAUGUUGAUGAUGAUAAUGCUGAUGUGGAGGACCCUAUCCAGUUCACUGACUACUUUGCUGAAAUUACAUCAGCCAACUCAGUUGCCUUCACACUUGCUUGGUGUUAUCUUCUCCAUGUCAUUAAUCAAAGAGACAGGUAAUAAAAAACAGAGUUUUAUGUGUAGAAUUUUCAUGAACCUUACAAAGCUUUGCCAUAUGUAAAAAAGAGUAUUUGAGGAUAAUAAAUCACCAAAAAAAAAAAAUCAUGCUUCCCUCUCAUCGGAUUUUUAGAUGCAAUAGUUUGAAAAGUAGAUUUUUAUAGUGUAAUUCUGGUCCAGGUGCAAGCCCCAACUAGAAGAAGGAAAACAAGUGCGUUAUUUGAAAGUUAAGUGAAUGAGAGAGCAGACCUCAAUUAAGGACCUUCUCUCACAAUGUUACAAAGAGAUUGUAAAUAGUUAAUAAAGCCCCUUCAAACAAGGGGUUUUGACACUAUUAUGGGAGAGAGGUACAAAGAAACUUAGGGCCAGAUAAACCACCAUUCCUCACAGCAUGGAGCAAAUCAGUUUUCAAGACAACCAUGUAACAAAGUUUGCCACCAAUGGUUGAAACUGAUUAUUUUCCUAUAAUGUGUGUUGUAUCCAUGUGACUGCAGACACACCCUUGUUGCCAUCUUGCCUUGGUUUGUCAACACAUGUCAAGAGCGAGCUUUGGAUGAGGUCUCCCUUCACACUCUGACCAGUUCCCUAGCUGCUUGGCAAGAAGAGUUUACACAUCCUGAUUUCUGUGAUGUGGUGUUUGACCAAUUUCUUCUUCCCUUGGUGUCACACACAAGUGUAAUGCGACACACCCUGAGAUUGCUAUCGUACAUUUUUCCUAAAUUGGAUCCUCAAAAGGUGUUACACAUUCUGACCAUUGCACAGCCAUCAAGUGAGGUAUGUACAAUGUAUAACUGGUUUUGUGUUGUUUUUUAAUUUAUGCACUCUCUCGAGAAGUAACAAAACACAAGGUUCUCAAGAGAAAACUUUGUUAUAUUUGCCAGCCACUCUACCUGACAACUCUUUAAAAUAGGUGGCAUUUUUUUAAACAAUAGCCUCAGAAUGGUAAGGAACCAUACUCUAGUAAGUACUAGUACAUGCAUGAGUGGUUUGUAAAAGCCUAUAGGAAACCUCAAUUUACUGCACUUUGCAUUUUAUCAAAAUCAAAAAGUAGAAAAGAUUAAAAAUGUUUCAAAUGAACUCAAACCCAUCUCAACUACCAGUUUAAAUUACUUACAGCUUAUUGAGCUUUGAUGGGGUUGACUCAAAAUUGAAUGACCAAACUUAUUGUCUUCAUUCUGUAGAACAUCUUACAGUUCCAUUUUAACUUUCUGUAAAUUGAGCAGGAAAAAUAAUUAAGAGUGGUGAAAAUAGAAUCUCAGAACAUCUAGAAAGAAAAUAUACAGUACUGAUAGGGCCAGCCCCAAGCCAUCCCUCCCUUCCCCCACCCCCAAAGAAUAAAAUCCCGAGGUCCCUGCCUCCUUUCCCCCACUGGUGUAUAUAUAGAAAACCCUAAACCUUUAUUUUUUUUUAGUUCCAACUUUUACUGUGUGACUUACUCUUGAGUUAUGUUUUUAUUAAAUUCUUUAACAUUUUUACUUACCCCCCAAUUCAAAUUUGGCAGAAAAUUACAGCCUUUAAUUAAGUCUCUUUGUAAAUAUGAGCACUACGAGUGGUCAAUUUAGCACGCCAUAUUUCACUGUAUGGCCUGCUAAAUUCAAAAGUUUGUUUGAACUGAAAUCUUUCCCUCCCCCAAUUUGAACCCAGCAAUGUAAUUAAUAUAUAGCUAACUUUUUUUUUUAGUUGGUACUGUAAGUUAUGUUUUACUAAUUCCUAUUUUUAGUUUGGAUGUAUGGUCCAAUGGACCACACACUUUGUGCUUGGAUCAUGAAUCCAAGUGGAAAAAACUUGGUCUGUAACUUACCAUAUAACUUACCAUAUAGAUCUUGCCAUCAGUCAGCACUUGAGGUGUGCACAGCAAAGUUCCAUGUGAAAGUUGCCUAAAGUCUAGUUUUCAAAAUGGGACAAGAUAUAUGUGAACAUUAAUUAGAGAAAUUUUAUAAAAGUUUACAAAGCUGGACGUGGAUGGCUGUCAGUCCAAAUGAGUGGUUGUAGUGCCUAGUACUUCUGCUCAACUUCUUUGUCAAUGACAUUUCCCCAUUACCGUGUUGGUUAUUUAAUCACCCACACUUUUGUUAUUUUUGCAAAAAUUAUUAAUAUAAUUGUUACUAGUAGUGGUCAAAUGGUAAUAGUAUUUAUCAUUCAAUUUAUAACUACAGCACAAUGAAGCUGUCCAUGAUCUUCAUGCCAUGGUAGUUGAACGCAUUUCCAAUUACAGUGCCCUUACACCUGGUUCAUCAUCUGUGGAGCAGCCAUCUUCAGCAUCAUCUUUGUCAUCAUCGUCACACAGUCCACUGGAGUACAUUCAGCCUGCCAGUAGCUAAUCACGACCACAAAAUAGAAAGUGAAUUCCAAUGAUCACCUUUAAAAUCCAAAAUUAUAGGUUUAGUUUGGCUGUUAAGUAUUAAUUAGUGGUGAAGACUUUCUCUGCUGUCUGGUCAAGACGGAUGUGAUCACAUGUUUACAUGGGAUUGUGGGGCUGCAGAAUCUUCUCGUACUUAUAAACUCAAUGGUCAUAGUGAAGGAGAGUUUUGAUUUAUACUGAAGGGCAUAGUUGAGUAGUGUGCUCUGCCAUGGAUAAGCAGAGCGGUUAUUUACCAAACUGAAGGGUGUAGGGGAAAAAUGGUGAUGUUGAUUUAUGAUAGUUUGAAAUAGCAGACUCAAAAAAAUGAUUUCUUGCUCAAUUUGCAGAGUGUGUUUUUCAAUUAUCUUUUAAAAUCACUUUGUGGUAACUUGGGGAAGUGGUUGUUUUAUUUUUCUUGGGGGUGGCCACAACUUUGCAUUAUUUGUAUGCAAUUAUCUGUGGGUCAUGUGGUGGGCUCAGCCUUAAAAGGGAAGAAAAAUACUUUAAAUGUUAUUUAAUUAUUGUUAUUUCUUAGCUCUGCUGUUGUAGUUUGUGUGGCUUGUCAUUUACUAAUUAUAGUAUUUAAGGCACCAGUAUUUAUAGAACUGGUAGAUGGAUACAAGGUACAUCUCAUUUUAAUCUAAGAGGGUUCAUUGUACCAUUUAAUGUAAUGUAAAUUAUAUAAAUAUUCCAAUUUAUAAAAUAAUUCAAAUAGUACGCAUGCUCUGAUUGGCCAUCUUACAUGAGUGUAUGUAAACACGGUUUUUGUUCCUCUUUCAUUAUUUUGUAAAAGAAAUAUAAAAUGGUUUCCGUGUUUACAUAGCCUGAUGUAAACACUUGGGAGGUUGGGAGAACACUCGAUAAGCUGGAAACCACUCUGCUUUGCAUUGUGGUUUCCAACACUUAUCUCAUGUUCUCCCAACCUCCUGCAUGGUUUACAUCAGGCUAUGUAAACACGGAAACCAUUUUACAUUUCUUCAUUCUCACACAAAACUUCAUGGAAUCUUUGUGAUGAAAGCAUCCAGUGCCUAGGUGAAGUUACAUGUACUUGUUUUAAUAGUGACUGUUUACUUGAAUUGAAGUCCAAACCAAAUAAAUUCAAUAAAUGAGGAUAUGUGUUUUUAGAAAUAAAAUUUAAUCAGAAACAUUCAAUUAAACAAGAAAUGAAGAUUGUUUUCCUCUAUAAUUGCAAGAUACAUUUACUACAUCCUUCAGGCUGACAGAAGUCAUUCAUAGGUGAAAUGUUUUCACCCAUUUGAUGUUAUCCAUAACAUCUUUGAAACAAUGUCAUGCUUUACUUCUGAUUUCUAAGUAUUGAAUGUACUUCUUUUUUUUCUGGCAUUCUGGAUAAUUUCAUAUAGUUGUCUUGAUGUUAUGUGUUUUUGUGUUAAAAAGAUACAUUCUUGAAUUCAGAUUAUGAAGAAUUUGAUAAGUAAGAUGUGGCAGUAGUGUAGUCCACGUUUAUAAAAAUACAUUUUAUGCUUGCAAAAAUGAAAAAACCUUACAGAUUUAGUUAACUGUGCCUAUUUAUCUAGUUGGUUCAGUUAGUCAUGUAUUAAAAAGUACCUUUUUUACAAACAAAUGCAAUAAAUACUUUCAAUGAUGUUCUCAGAAAUGUACAGCUAGAUAAUUCUUUUUUAGUUUCCCUUACCAAUGGAAUAAUCACUCUAUCACUCUCAUGGAUAAGAACCCAUUUGGAGACUUUCCUUGUCAACAUGGUCACACCACUUCACGUAGAUGAUCAGACUACCUUGCCGACAUAGUCAAUAGCUCAACCAGGUUUUUCGUCCUAUCACCCUUAGAUAGUCACACUAUCUCACCAACAUUUCACCCCCCACAGUCAUAGUAUGUUACUUGAUUUACACCGCUCAGGGUAGCCCCUUCAGAUACAGAAAGCUGUCUGUUAUCAAUGGGAGCCCUGAGCACAAUAACGUACUUAAACUAUG